UGUAAUUGUAGGCUAACAAAAUCAGUUCAGUAACCAGCUCUGCCAUUGCGCAACCGUCAAACCCUGGUGCCAUAGCAACUACACAGGAAAACAAAAUGGCAAAAGCAACAACGAUAAAAGAAGCGCUUGUCAAAUGGGAGGAGAAAGCGGAGGAGAAGGUUGGAGAGGCCAAAGCGGUGAAGCUGUAUGGUCAGAUUCCUCCAAUAGAAAAGAUGGAUGCCUCUCUCUCCACUCUCAUCAACUGCGAGAGGCUGUCUCUGUCCACAAAUUGCAUUGAGAAAAUUGCCAAUUUAAACGGUCUAAAAAACCUGCGAAUAUUGUCCUUGGGACGAAACAACAUUAAGAAUCUGAAUGGAUUGGAAUCAGUGGGGGAUACCCUAGAGGAAUUGUGGAUCUCUUACAACCUGAUAGAGAAGCUUAAGGGAAUUCAUGUUAUGAAGAAGCUCAGAGUCCUCUACAUGUCCAACAACCUGGUCAAGGAGUGGGCGGAAUUUGUGAAGCUGGCUGACCUGCCCUCCCUGGCAGAUCUGGUGUUUGUGGGCAACCCUUUAGAGGAGAAACACACAGCAGAAGGCAACUGGACAGAGGAGGCCACUAAGAGGCUGUCCAAGCUGAAGAAACUAGACGGCAACCCGGUGAUCAAGCACGGCGGUGAUGAAGGCGAUGAAAACUAACACGACCUGCUUCACUUUAACCUUUUGCAGACAAAUGUUUUUUAUAUUGAAAAUAUAGUUCAAAUGUUUUAUCAUUAUUUUUUACACCAGGAUAUUUUGAUUCAAACCACCAGGGUCUUAUACUGUGCAUGUUGAGGCAAGCACAGAUAUGCCAUUCUUAGUCCACAAAGCACAUUCCAGAUACUCAUACUACAUCCAGCAGUUCAGUUAAAUUAGUGUGAGGAAAACAGUAAGUAAUUCAAACAAAGAUGCUGUCAGGUAGAUAAACAAUAUUGCCCACAAAUUUACAUGACACACUGUUGCACAAUGAGCCUGCUCCCACACAGAGGUACUAAGUGUCAAAGGUACAGCUGUAGGUUUUUCUUGAUUGAAGGGUUGUGACUGUUGAUGAAAGCACAUUUCCUAUUGUAGCAUGAUUUCUUUACUGUGUCCCUGAGCUCCUAGCAUGCACUCUUGAAGUGGUCUUACAAGAGGCAGGAGAUUAUUUCUUUAUACAACUUGUUUAUACAAGAGGUUUUCUCUAUACAAAUUAACACUCAAAAUCGAAUGUCAACAUUUUGUCUCCAUUCGUUUUGAGUGUAUUGUGAAGGCAUAUUGUAUUUAAAUUAUUCCUUGGCAUGUUUGUAUAUAAGAAACGGAGAUGUUUAUAAUUUUCAAAUGUUCACAUUUAUUAAAAUAUGUUGCACUAA